UCGGUCUGUCGCUGCGUUUACACUCUUCAGCAGGGACUUUGUUUUUCUUGCUACCACGGUGGUAAGAUAACUUAACACGACUCUUGAUAAGAUUUACUAUAAGGAAAGUGCAAAGCUCAUGUUUGUGUGAGAUCCGUUCGUGCAGCGACAGUAUAAUGUCGAGUCAGGAGUAACAGAUUUGAGGCGGUGUUUUGUGUUUGAUCCACGUUUUGUGCAGAUAUUUCCACUUUUAAAUCUACGUUACGUCCCACUUGUUUAAAGUUUUAAACUAGUUUAAACCUUUUCUCAGUCAGUUUACUGCCGACUGCAUUUUUCUAGACUCAACCAAUUUUUAAAUAUACUCUUCAAAACUGGUGCACAUUUUAUCUUUUUUCCCAACACCAGUCCUGUGCUGAGAGGUCAUGUAGAGCAAAGGUUAAUUUCUAACACAUGAACAAGUCUUAGCCAGAACGGUCUGGGAGAGCAGAGUGUGUGCUUUACAUUUGAACCUGUUUAAGGACAAACAGAAACACCAUAAUGUUGAGAGCAGGUCUGAGUGUGACAACUCUAAGGCAGCUAAUGGAAAUGAAGACAAUCCUUAAUGUACACGGGAAACUGGCAAGUUUACAGCAUGCUGCGGGUGCACUUCGGUGGAGGAGCAACGUCAGACCAGCCCCUGUAUUGACCGCUGCUCCUGCUCGGGCCCUUAUAGAUGACAAAAUCAGCAUUAAAGGGCGCUUCCUGCCCCCACACUGUCCUGUCACAGUGUGCGCACAAAUGCACAGUGAAGAGGGUGACUUGUGGCAGGCAUUUGGCCAUUACAAUACAAAUGAAAGUGGCAUCGUGGAUUUGACCAGCGAUCAUUCAGUCGGGGGUUCUUAUUCUGGCUGUGAGCCGAUGGGACUCUUCUGGUCAUUGCAUCCAGCUCCUGGAAGUAGAGAAGGUUUAAGGCUGAGGAAGAAAGAUGUGGAGUCUCAGUACACAACACACAUCUCCUUACUGGAGGGCCACGUUUCACCCAACGGGGAGCAGAUCACGGAGCUGGCAGCUGUGACGACUGAACGCUGGUACAUGGCUCCAGGAGUGAGGAGAACAGAGAUUCGUCAAAAUGGAAUCGUAGGGACUUUAUUCAUGCCUCCUGGUCCAGGCCCGUUUCCAGCCAUUCUGGAUAUGUGGGGAAUGGGAGGAGGACUGAUGGAGUACCGUGCUGCCCUGUUAGCAUCCAGGGGCUAUGCAAGCCUUGCUCUUGCCUAUUUCGGGCACCCAGAUUUACCUCCCCCUCUAGAUACAAUCAACAUUGGUGAUUCAUAUUUUAGGGCAGCAUUACACCUACUUCAAGAUCAUCCUCAGAUUGUUGCAGACAGAAUUGGGAUCAUUGGUCUCUCCUUUGGAGCCUACCUGACUCUUCGCCUUGCCACUCAGCCUGGCGUUAAGCCAUCCUGUUUGAUUUGUAUCAAUGGCCCAAUGGGAAGUAUGACCCUCCUGCCAGAUCUCGACAGCAGGCCUGGCACAUUUGAUAGUUUCAAUAGGUAUUGGGAAUAUGACGAACAAGGCCAUGCCAGUUUCAAGAACCUCUCCCUUCCUGAAAACCUUCCCCCUGAGAGCAAAGUGAAGGUAGAAACCAUUGAUUGUCCACUGAUGUACUUAGUUGGUGAAGAUGACUUGAGCGCUUCAAGCAAAGAGAACGCAGACGUGAUUGAGGAGAAGCUGACGGCUGCAGGUAAAGCCCAUCUGUUCACCCGUUUGUCAUACCCCGAUGCUGGCCACCUGAUAGAGCCGCCUUACGCACCGAAUGCAAGAGAAGUCAUGUGGCGCGUCAAGCCAAGUAAAGUGAUAACUUUGUUUGGAGGUCACCCUGCACCGCACGCUGUUGCCCAGGAAGAUUCCUGGAAGAAGAUUCUGUAUUUUUUAGAACGCAAUCUGAGAGGAUGAAUCUCUGGUGAGAUGCAAGCUCCAGAUAGAAAAUAUCCCAUGUUGUUGUAAAAUGUUGUUGCUAUUAUUUUUCUUUCCAAAAGAUGGCACUGGUCGGACUGGAACUGCUGGUUCACACAUGCAGCUUUUGUGAUGUCAGCUGGGUUUGGUUUCAAGUUCUUCACAUCAGCAACGCUACAUGUCCUUUUUGUAUCAAAUCAAUGGUUUUUUCUGUAAAUGUAUUGAACCAAUAAAUGAGUGGAUGCAUAAAAAAAAAUUUGGCUAAACAAAGACAAAACUGAGAUAGAUAUAUUUGGACCAAAAGAGGGGUGAUUAGAAGUCAGCACACAACUCCAAUCUAUACAAAUAAGAUCCACAGAGCAGGCUAGAAAUCUGGGUGUCAUCAUGGACUCAAACCUGAAUUCUGAAAAACACAUUAAGGCCAUUACAAAGUCAGCCUGCUACCACUUAAAGAGUAUAUCAAGGAUAAAAGGACUGAUGUUUCAGCUGGACUUGGAAAAACUUGAUUACUGUGACAGCAUUUUUGCAGGUGUACCUAAAAAAAUCAAUCAGACACCUGCAACUGAUUCAACAGGCCACUGCUCGACUCCUCACCAAGACCAAGAGUGGAUCAUAUCGCUCCACUUCUGAGGUCUUUACACUGGAUGCCUCCGACUGAAGUUAUUUCACUAAACUAGUUCAAGAAUCUUAACACUUUGUUAUAAUUUAGCUUUUAAACUUUAUACACUUUUUAAAAUUUUGCAAUGACUUGUUUUAAUGAUUUUAAGUGGUGUCUUUUAAUGGGUUUCUUCUGAUGUUUUAAUGUCUCUGUAAAGCACUUUGCUGUUAAAAUGUGGUAUGCAGGUAAACUUGCUUUGCCUUUAUGUGCUGUCAUCAUUUAUCAUAAAAGUAAAACAAAUGAUUGGA